GCAGAGUUCAAAAGAAGCAUGAUUCUUAAAGUGGUGAUUUUCGCAUUGUCCUUCGUGGCAGUCCCAGCAUACCCUCUCCACCGCGAGGCGCAGUGGACUGAUUCACACAGCAACCAGGCUCAUGAGAAGACUGAACUCUCCAAGGACAUAGAUGGGAUGUGGAAGAGCCAGGUGGACAGCAGUGACUUGUACCACCAGCAAGGCGGUGACAACCCCCUGGUUGGAGAGUUCCGCCACAAGCUCAACAUGGAGUCUGAGAGGCUGCGGGCUCGUCUGCGCCAUGAGCUGGCUCAGCUCCGGGAGAGGCUGUCCCCUCUCUCCUCGUACCCAGCCCAGCCUCACUUUGCCCUGGGCAGCACCAGAGAGCGCCUGGCCCCCCUGACCCAGCAGCUCCAGAGUGCAGUGAGUGGCAGCACCAGGGAGAUGUGUGACCAGCUGAAGCUCUACCUCCAGGACCUGGAGGUGGCCGAGGCCCAGCCGGGGGUGGCCAUCUACAGGGAGGCGGUGCAGUGGGUGAGCAGGAAGCUGGAGGACAACGGAUCCAAGAUGGACGCCAUCGUCCUGGAAUUCCAGACGCAGGCCUCCAGCGUGAUCAAAGAGCUGAGGGCAGGCAACUUCGGGGAGGGGCCAGGGGCGGGGCCCUGGGAGGAACUCAGCACCAGGCUGGGACAGGAAGUGAGGUCGUUGAGACAGGAAGCACAGAACAGGGUCGGGUCCCUGAAGGGAGAGCUGGCCACUCUCCUGCUGUCGGGCCAGCCUCUCAAGGCUGAGGUGUUGUCCAUUCUGGACCAGUACUUUAAGAGCACCACCCUACAGAACCAGCUUUUCCAAGCCAGGAUAGAGAGGAUAGUCCUGGGGCUGGAGGAGGACCACCCCUCCUAUUCCUCCUCCUCCUCCUCCUCCCCCCAGGAGCCAGAUAUCCUGAGCUUUCUGCAGGAGGACUUCUCAGCCAAGCUGAGUGCUCUGCUUCAAGACAUCAAGGACUCUCUCCCAUCUCAGAGCCAGACAUGAUCUCAAUCACGACCCAGCCCUACAGAACUGUCUCCCCUACCCAAAUUGUAUAUACAUCUCUCCUCCACCUGUAAAACUUUCACCCCCACUCGUAAUGAACUCUCUCCCCCACCCCUACUGUAUAUAUGUCUCUGUCCAGCCUCUACAGAACUCUCUCCCCCACCCCUACUGUAUAUACGUUUCUCCCCCACCCCUAAAUAAGGAUCUCCCCCACAACUACUCGAUAUAAGUCUCUUCCCCACCCUUAGAGAACUCUCUCCCCCACCCCAACAGAAUUGUCUCCCGCACCCCAAUAUGACUUGUGUAACUGCACCCAGAGAUGUACAUGAGUUUCUCACAGCCCAUCCUGCCCCUACCCCUGGCUCCAUGCACAGUGACCCACUAAAAGACAUGAACUCCUAUCGUCUGUGCAGUCCUUCUACCUCCUUGCCCACGCCAGGGUUGUACAUACAGUGAGUCUUUAUUUAUGAAUGUGUUGUUGUGUUUGUUGAACUGUGUAUCAUGAGAAGUCAAGGUCAGUACGCUGUAAAAAAGUUGUAAAUAAAGAAGAUUUGUAAACUGUAAAGUAAACAUAUCAU